AUGCGUUUCUCUCUAUUCACAGCCCUAUCCGCAGUGGCUUCGUUGGGUCAUGCCCUCCCCGGUAAACUGCAGUCUCGAGAUGUCUCGACCAGCGAACUGGACCAGUUCGACUUCUGGGUCCAGUAUGCCGCGGCGACAUACUAUGACAAUAACUACGAGGCUAAAGUGGGCGACAAGAUCAGCUGUUCGAAAGGCAACUGCCCCGAAGUGGAGGCAACCGGUUCGACUGUGUUCUAUGACUUCUCCGACUCCACAAUCACAGAUACCGCCGGCUUCAUCACUGUAGACCACACCAACUCGGCAGUUGUUCUCGCCUUCCGUGGUUCCUACUCAGUGCGCAACUGGGUCGCCGAUGCCACAUUCGUGCACACAAACCCUGGUCUCUGUGAUGGAUGCCUCGCCGAACUCGGCUUCUGGGGCUCCUGGAAGCUAGUCCGCGACGAUAUCAUUGAGCAGCUGAAGGACGCUGUCUCCCAAAACCCCGGCUAUGACCUGGUCGUGGUGGGCCACAGUCUCGGUGCUGCUAUUGCAACUCUUGCUGCCACUGAUCUCCGGGGCAAAGGCUACCCGGAGGCUAAGCUGUACGCGUAUGCCUCGCCUCGCGUGGCGAACGCGGCUUUGGCCAAGUACAUCACCGCGCAGGGGAACAACUACCGCUUCACUCACACCAAUGACCCCGUCCCUAAGCUGCCGUUGUUGUCCAUGGGCUAUGUUCACGUCAGUCCUGAGUAUUGGAUCACAUCGCCUAACAAUGCUACUGUCAGUACCACUGAUAUCAAGGUUAUUGAGGGAGAUGUCUCCUUUGACGGAAACACUGGAACUGGUCUGCCGUUGCUCACGGACUUUGAGGCGCAUGUCUGGUAUUUUGUGCACGUUGAUGAUGGAAAGGGCGAUGGGCUGCCAUUCAAGAGGGUUUAA